UCGCGGCGCCACCGUUACCCUUGAGUCGUGUUCCUCCCUUAUCCAUCCCAACCCAAAGAUAUAUGUGGACGCCACUCUGGAGCGCGUGUCCAAAUUAAUACUCCCAGCAAGAGCAUCAUCCUCCCUGGUCACCGCAGCGCGGUCUGGGGCUAUACAAUUCUCUGGCUCCUGGUUGUUGCGAUUCGCAGAUUCUGCAAAGAAGAGGGGUUGACUGUAUUCCGGCCUUCCGGGAGUUCGAAAAUUCUUGGUUUCUUGAUGUGGAUACUGCUACCUUGCAAUGACAACGGGUGGCAAGAAGGGAAUUCUGUGAGGCUGUGAGCACAUGGUUGCCAGAGGUGCGUCCGCCCCCGUUCUGUAGCCCGGAAGAUGUGGUCUUCGUUGCAUGACCUUUAAUGAGUUGCUACGUGGUCAGCUCUAGCGGCGUUGCGGUCUGGUUCGCCGUAGAGGAGAGGAUCGGGCACCGGAGGGUUUGCGCAUGCAAGAUGUUCGAUGUCGGUCCCCAGAGGAGGAGGGUGGGGAGGCGCCUGGUGGGUUUUGCCAAGAAGAGGAGGCGUUCCAAGAGGCAGCAGCCAUGGUGGAAGGCGUGGUUCUCUGAUUGGAACGAUGAGGAAGAGAGCCUCGCCGGCUGGAGGGAGGAUGAUGAAUUGCUCCAGCAGGUUGUUAGCAACGAAGACCUGUCGGAGGAUGACAAGUUUCAGACGUGGAAGAGCAAGGCCGAGGCGAUUGUCGACCUGCGGGAAGCCCAGCAGGAUGCCGAAAAUGCAGAAGGGCGGUCAUGGGAGGAUUGGAUAGGUUGGGGCAGCACGUCCGGCGAUGGUGAUUGGGGCGGGGGUGGGAGCUUGUCGGACCAGAUAACGGAUGAUCCGACGGAGAUAGUGAGGGACAAGGGCAUCGCUGAAGCUUUUAGGGACUCUAUUGAUGAAGAUUACAACGACAUGUUGUUUGAGGACCGGGUUUUUCUAUACGCUUCGACGAAAUCGGCCAAAUUCCUAGCAUUGUUGAUCGUUGUUCCAUGGGUGUUGGAUCUUCUAGUACAUGACUAUGUUAUGAUGCCAUUUCUAGACAGGUAUGUCGAGAAGGUACCACUCGCCGCUGAAAUGCUUGAUGUAAGACGCAGCCAGAAGAUUCAGAUGAUAAAGGACCUAAAUAUUGAGAAAGCAAGAUUCCGUUUUGAAGUAGAGAUUGGUAAAUCUCCUCCACUUUCCGAUGAGGAGUUCUGGUCAGAGUUGCGGGAAAAAGCGGUAGAGCUGAGGGAUGAAUGGAGAUUAGAAAACCGACAAGCAUUUGCAAAUAUCUGGUCUGAUAUGGUUUAUGGGGUUGCCCUAUUCCUUCUUAUGUACUUCAACCAGAGUAAAGUUGCAAUGAUAAAGUUCACAGGAUAUAAGUUGCUAAACAAUAUCUCGGACAGUGGGAAGGCUUUUCUUAUCAUUUUAGUGUCAGAUAUCCUUCUAGGGUACCAUUCAGAGGCAGGUUGGCAUUCAUUGGUGGAAAUUAUUCUUGACCACUAUGGACUGGAAACCGAUCAAGCUGCAGUCACCUUUUUCGUUUGUCUGGUUCCAGUUGCCCUGGACGUAUUUAUAAAGUUUUGGGUGUACAAAUACCUUCCAAGAUUAUCACCUAGUGUGGGAAACAUCUUGGAUGAAAUAAGGCGUCACUAGGAAUUCUUUCCAUCAGGAAUUUUAGUUCCUUCCUUUAGGAAAUUGCUAGUAGAAUUUCACAAUCCAGGUAUGUAUUGACUUGCAUGUACUGUUGGCUCCUACUUGUGUUGCUGCCAAUGUUUGAUAAACAGUGAAAAAACUACCUGUGACUGAUACGGUUAUUCAUUCACCCUUCAAAUAUAUUUUUUGGUGAAAGCCCUUAAAUUA